CUUCAGCUGACAGUCUACAUGAUGGCGACAGAGGUUCAGAGCGGCGACCUCGACAGUGCUACUUCCAGCCGGCUCGAAGUUUCCAUCGAUGGACUCACCCUCACUCCCGACGCGGAGGGUGAGCAGGGCCAGGUGGAGGAGCCGGAGCCCACACCGGCGGCCCCCGAGACCAGUACGCCGGCUGCCGCUGGAGGCGAAGAUGGAGAGACUGCCAAAUCUGCGAUAGAGAGGAAAUGGGGCUUUCCAUUGCAAGAGCUGUACGGAAUGGCCCUUAAGUUCUUUAAAGAUAAAGAUGGAAAGGCCUUCCACCCAACCUAUGAGGAGAAGCUUCGUCUGGUUGCUUUGCACAAACAGGUGUUACUGGGCCCCUAUAAUCCUGACGCCUCACCAGAGGUUGGCUUCUUUGAUGUACUGGGUAACGACCGCAGGAAAGAAUGGGCCUCCCUGGGUAACAUGGAGAAAGAGGAGGCUAUGGUGGAGUUUGUUAAAAUGCUAAACAAGUGCUGUAACCUCUUUGCUCCCUACGUCACCUCACAUAAGAUUGAAAAAGAGGAGCAGGAGAGGAAAAGGAAAGAAGAGGAGGAGCGUCAGCGGCGGGAGGAAGAGGAGAGGGAGCGACAGAGGCAGGAAGAGGAGAGACGAAGGCUUGAGGAGGAGGAGAGGCUAAGACGAGAGGAAGAGGAGAGAAGACAGGCAGAAGAGGAGAGGCUACGGAUUGAACAGCAAAAACAACAGAUAAUGGCUGCAUUGAAUGCCCAAACAGCGGUGCAGUUCCAACAGUAUGCUGCCCAGCAAUAUCCAAACAGCCCAGAGCAACAGCUGGGCCUCAUCCGUCAGCUUCAAGAGCAGCACUACCAGCAGUACAUGCAGCAGCUCUACCAGGUCCAGCUGGCCCAGCAACAGGCAGCCUUACAGAAGCAGCAGCAGCAGGCUGAUUCAGUGGUGCAUGCAACUCUGGAAGCUAACAGCUUCAGCAGCAAUGAACCUGUGGCAGCAUCAGCAGCGGGACCACUGUGUGCAGCUCCGCCUCCUGCUGGUGAGGAGGCUCCCACAGUUAAUGGUGGCCAGUCGGACUCGUAUUCAGAGAGCAUGGACCGGGAGCCGGAGCCUGAACCGGCAGAGGAGGUUUCAGAGAACGGGCCUUUAUUAGCAGACUCCCCACCUGUCAUAGCUGCUCCUUCCAUGUGGACAAGGCCACAGAUCAAGGACUUCAAGGAGAAAAUCCGGCAGGACGCUGACAGUGUAAUCACAGUGGGGCGCGGUGAGGUGGUCACAGUGCGUGUUCCCACCCACGAAGAGGGUUCUUACCUGUUCUGGGAGUUUGCCACAGACUAUUAUGACAUCGGCUUUGGGGUUUUCUUCGAGUGGACAGAUGCUGCCUCUGCUUCAGUCAGUGUGCAUGUGUCAGAGUCCAGUGAUGAAGACGAGGAUGAUGACGGUGAUCCCCCCACCGAGGAAGAGAAGGCAAAGAAAGAAGCAGGGAAGCCCCAAGUGGAUGAGAUAGUGCCGGUUUAUCGGCGGGACUGUCAUGAGGAGGUUUACGCCGGCAGCCACCAGUACCCAGGUCGCGGGGUCUACCUGCUCAAGUUUGACAACUCUUAUUCACUCUGGCGCUCCAAGAGUGUUUACUACAGAGUCUACUACACCAGAUAAGCCUGAAUACACAAAAGGGGGAGCCGAGAAGUGUGUGUGUGUUCAUACAUGUGUGUGAUUUGUGUGAUGGCAGCCUGUUUGUAUGUGUGAAGGAGAGGUAAGACCAGAUUGAUUCUGGAUGAAAACCACCAGAGGGCGACAAAGAGACACAUCUGGAACCCGAAUUUGGAGAUUGGACUAAUAUGUAUGUACUGUAUGUGUAUGCUUGUUCUAAGAUACACCCAUGCUAGAUCCUGUUGAUGAGCCCUUGGAGCAGGAGUGUGUGUUACUGUUGUGUAUUCACCACCUGUCCUCGCUGCGCUCACAUAGACCAAGCUGUACGACUUUGCUCUCAUCAUGUAUCUCCCCACUUUUCACUUUGGGCUCGUCUUCUGUCACCACGGCAACCCAACACUGUCCAGCGUGGCCUUGUGUCUGGAGCUGCCCCAAGUGAUGCAUUCAUGACCGCGAGCAGAUACCUGGAAAGUCCACCAACGCAAGCCAGCGUUUCUUGCCGAGUGGUAACAGUGGUUGUUUAUCCCACCAGAACAGAGACAACGUUCGAGAUGAAACUAGAUUGCAAAUGUAAUUACAUAACACUAUGCCUUUUGGGUCUCACAUACAAAACAGCAGCGUACACAAACUUCAUUUUCAUUGUAAAACAGUAGUCCAUUAUUGUUUUCCCAGCCAAUAUGCCUAAAUGAAGAUCUGAGGCUUUCUUUGUGUUGAGGCAGUGCUUUAUACUUAAACACUCUGUCUUUUCACUACCUUUUCCUCAGAUUGACUCUGCCAGGAGUAAGUUACUGGUGUUUUUGUUAUUCAGAGCCUACUGAUGUAAUUUAUGAAGGAUGGGCAAGAAAGUUAUUCCAUGAAGUCAUAGGUGUUAUUUGAGUCAGUAAAUGUUAACGUUCAUAUGAAUAAACAUAGCUUUGUGAUCUCAAAAAUCUCAGCAAGUAUGAAAGACAAUAAGAAGGUACAAAACACACAUGGCUUAAUAAACGUUUGUUCUCCUUCCCUCAUGAACAUAAUCUUGAUUUUUCUACGGUUGUUCCACUUUACAUUAAGUAAUAAACUGUUUCUCACCAAUGUUUUAUGAAAGAAUGAAGAAAAAGCAGCUAAUUUUAAGACAGAUGUUCUGUUUUGUGUAUUCUGGAGGAGCUGUACUUGACACACAAAUGACACCUGACAAUUAAAAAUACAGGUAAAAUACAUGUUUUUAUAAGUCACAAGGCACUGUUACACCUCUGCAGCUCUCAAAAAAAAGAAAACUCCUUACCCAAAGUACAGCAACGUCUUUGUUUUUUUUUUUUUGUUUUUUUUUCUUUGUUAGAUUCUAACUUAAUUUGUCCUCUCAAAUAUGGUAUUGUGAAUAAAAUAACAUAACAUAGACUUCUUAUUGUGUCUUUGGGUGAUGUGGUCAGUUACUAAGUAUAUUCAACGUUUUUGUUCGUCAUGGCAUAAUUUAUGUUCAUUCUGUCAUUCGGCUUCAGCUUUGUGUACCUGCCAUCUACAGCGCUCUGAACUUUCUCAAUCUGGAUGGUGGUGGUUGAAUGGGAAAAUGUGUUUGUGGGAUGUGAUGACAACUAGUUUCACUAUCACUCACUGAGCAGUAUUUGUAUGUUUUAUGUGUAUAUGCAAACAAUCUUUAAGGACACAGAGAGUCGGGAUAUUUAAUUCAAGGUUGAUCCUGCCUUUUAUCCACACAUUGAUUUGUGUAAAAAAAAAGAAAAAAAUGUCACUACCUAUGGCUUGAUUAUGAUUAUGUUCAAGAAAAAGUUCAAGAAAUUUCCGGUGAUCUUCUAAUGUGUGAUGUUUAUUCAUAUUUUUCACCAAACAGUUUGAGUUCACUCGUUCAACUCUUGUAUGUAAAUAUUUCUAAGAAUGACUUAUGUAUGGGAUUUUAGAUUUUGAAGAAGGCUACGACUUUGAAAAUCAAUGCACUGUAAAAUAUGGAGAAUAAGAUCUAUGUAUUCAUUUUACCCCUAAUGAAAAACUCAAAUCUCUGAAGCAAGAUACUAUAAGACUCAAGAAGACUAUUGACGGGGAAGACAAAGCCUCAUCUUUUUUUGUAUUGUUUUGACUUGUUUGGAUCUGUUAUGAGUUCCAAGAUCUUUUUGGGCAUAUAUUUAAUCUUGAUUAAACUUAUGUUCAUCUUUAAAACUGGA